ACGUAAUUAUGGAGCAUACUCCUGCACCUUAUGGGCCCAGAGCCGUAUACGGAUACGCUAUGCACAUAGGCUCAAACAUACUCUUCUUGUUGUAUGUAAUAUGGGCUUUGGUGCCAGAUGAAGUGUUGCAUGAUUAUUUGGGCCUGACAUACUUGCCAUCUAAGUAUUGGGCAGUGGCACUACCCAUAUGGGCAUUGACUGCCUUGGCCACAUUCGCGUUUCUCAUUUAUCCAGCUAUCAAUAUGUUAAUAACUCCGGAUAUCAACGAUCUCAGAACUAUUACGGACAAGCAUGCUCUGCACAGGACUGAGACUACUCCUGGUGGGAUACCGUCAGUAUCUGACAUACCCAUAACGGAAGUUUGCAGGACGCUAUAUCUGAGGAACAAUAAAUCGUGAUUAUUACCCUUGAA